GACCUACUAUCUGUACAAAAUACAGAAAAUAAUAAAGGUGGCAGUAAUUAGAGAUCAUGUCAACUUGUUCGUGUGUGCUCUCAACACUCGAUAUCAGGGAUCCGUGAAUGUUUAGUCCUGUUAUGUAACAGGACAUGGGAGGCUCGUAGAUAUUGCCAGUUGCUAGCGCCUGCGCGAGUCCGGAUGGCGCGCGGGGGUGAGGCCGCGUCAGUCGGCGCUCGGCGUCUGGAGGUGCUUCGCGCUUCGCGCCGCGCCCCAAACAGCCGGAGCGGGGCUCGGGGCGUGGCGCUUACGUAAACACGCGUGGCACAAAGUUCGUGUUGCAGGCGGCGCGGUGCCGCGCCACUGUCCGUCCUAGAACGACCCCAUGUUGGGAUAGUAGCGCGCACCCUGCCGCGCGGCCGCCGCUGCCACUGUCACCACCGCCGAUUAACGCGCUUAUAGCAUCAAUAGUGGAGAUGCAGACGCGCACAGCGCUGAUGGCGCUAGCCGCGCUUGGAGCGCUGGCGGCGGCGGCGGCGACAGCGGUGGCAGCGGAGCGAGGCAGCGGCAUCAAGGUCGGCGGGGGAGGCGUGGGCGUGGGCGCGCGAGACGCAGGCCGCGGCGGCGGAGUACGCCUCGGCGUCGACGGACUUCGGCGGCCACGCACCUCGCCUGUGCCACCCCCGCCUCGUGCACCUUCCUCCAUAACAGCAGCGCUUGUCGUGCCACAUAAAGCCUUUGGCACUCGUGAUUACACUAAGGCCGAGAAGGCAGCGCUAUCGAAAUUGCCGCGUAAACUGAAACUCUUCUCACACGUGCGCCUAAAUAUUACGCUUUCUACUCAAGGCUUGACGCCUAGUCCUAUGUCUAUCCUGGAUUCGCUAUGUAAAGAAUUUCUAGCAGUCAAUGUGUCUGCUAUCCUCUAUCUUAUGAAUCAUGAACAAUAUGGGCGCUCUACUGCCUCUGCACAGUAUUUUCUACAACUCGCCGGCUAUCUUGGCAUACCGGUUAUAGCUUGGAACGCAGAUAACAGCGGUCUUGAAAAACGAGCGUCGCAUGCAUCGUUACGUUUGCAACUCGCUCCCUCUAUAGAACAUCAAACAUCGGCUAUGCUGUCGAUACUAGAAAGAUACAAAUGGCAUCAGUUUAGUGUUGUGACAUCAGCAAUAGCAGGCCAUGACGAUUUUAUACAGGCCGAUCGAUUUAAGUUUACAAUAUUGAAUGCAAUCGUAGUGAAACGGUCUUCGGACUUAAACGAGCUAGUUACAAGUGAGGCGCGUGUUAUGCUGUUGUACGCGACGCGUGAAGAAGCCGCCGACAUUUUGUCGGCCGCAGGCGUUCAUUUUGAUACGUCAAGUUCAUCGCUGAUUGCCGAGAUAGCGACAGCAGUAAAGGUAUUUGCGUACGGAGUGGAAUCUUAUGUGUCGGAACCUGAGAACAUACGGUAUCCGUUGGGAACACGGCUAUCGUGCAGCGGCGCGGGUGCAGGCGAGGCGCGCUGGUCCACAGGGGAAAGGUUCUACCGACACCUGCGGAACUUGGUAUGGGAGGAAAUCGGUACGUGGAAUUCUUAUCCACGGGAAAGGUUGAUUAUUAAAGACAUAGUAUGGCCAGGAGGUUUGCACACUCCACCGCAGGGUGUGCCAGAGAAGUUUCACAUGCGAAUAACGUUCCUGGAGGAACCGCCGUACAUCAACCUGGCGCCGCCGGACCCUGUCAGCGGGCGGUGUUCGCUGGACCGCGGCGUCAUUUGUCGCGUGGCGCCUGAAGUCGAAGUAGCUGGUUUGGAAGCUGGAGCGGCUCAUGGUAACAGUUCGCUGUAUCAGUGCUGUAGUGGGUUCUGUAUAGACUUACUGCAGCAAUUAGCCGAGCAACUCGGCUUCACUUACGAGCUGGUUCGAGUCGAAGACGGUCGUUGGGGUACUUUGCACAACGGCAAGUGGAAUGGCCUCAUUGCAGACUUGGUCAAUAAAAAAACUGACAUGGUCCUAACAUCGCUCAUUAUAAAUUCGGACAGAGAAGCGGUUGUGGAUUUCAGUGUGCCAUUUAUGGAAACUGGUGUCGCAAUUGUAGUAGCCAAGCGAACAGGCAUCAUAUCGCCGACAGCGUUCCUGGAGCCAUUCGACACGGCGUCUUGGAUGCUCGUGGGCGCGGUCGCUAUACAAGCGGCUACUUUCUCCAUCUUCUUCUUUGAGUGGUUGUCGCCAAGUGGAUUUGAUUGUUCAACUGGCAAUAAUUCUAAACGUGUGCCGCAAAAUCGCUUUUCUUUAUGUCGGACUUACUGGAUCGUUUGGGCUGUUCUGUUUCAGGCGUCAGUACAUGUAGACUCACCUCGAGGUUUCACCGCCCGUUUCAUGACCAACAUGUGGGCUAUGUUCGCGGUAGUAUUUCUUGCGAUAUAUACUGCCAAUCUAGCUGCAUUCAUGAUCACGCGAGAGGAAUAUCACGAGUUGAGUGGAUUAGAUGAUCCACGAAUAGCGAGGCCACUCACUCAGCGACCCCCAUUGAAGUUUGGAACGGUACCAUGGUCACAUACUGAUGCCACCCUUGCCAAAUAUUUUACAGAACCACAUGCCUACAUGGCUCGGUACUGGAUGACGGGGACGUGUAAACCUAAUAAGCAAGAACACAAGUCGUCCGACCCUCUGGCGUUGGAACAAUUUUUGUCCGCAUUCUUAUUGUUGAUGGCGGGCAUUCUGCUCGCAGCACUAUUGCUGCUGCUCGAGCACGUGUACUUUCGAUACCUGCGUUCACAUCUCGCCGCGUCCAGUGCGGGCUCGUGUUGCGCGCUAGUGUCUUUAUCAAUGGGUCAAUCCCUUACAUUUCACGGCGCCGUCGUAGAGGCGGCGGCACGUGGUUUUGGAGAGAGGAGUCACUGCCGUUCUGCAGUUUGUGCUGCCCAGGUAUGGCGAGCUCGACACGAGCGUGACAUGGCGGUGGCGCGCGCCCGUCAAUUGGCGGCGGCGCUGGCGGCGCACGGGCUGGCUGCGCCGCCACGUCGCUUAGCAUCAGCGGGCGCUCUCCUGGCGGUGGGCCGUCACGACGCCACACAUGUGCGCACGCUGCGACCGCCUGCCGAUCUGCUGCCCGACCUCGAUAGACCGCUCUCUUGCGGCGAUUUACGCUCAAGAGAGCGGACGCGAGUAGAAAUGGAAACAGUGCUGUGAGGCGUGUAUAGCGCCACCCUAUUUCAAUUCCUGAAGGCUGUUCUUACACCAAGUUAUACAAAACGAAAUUAGUUAUACCUAAUGUUAAAAUAUGGACAGAUAAAAAAAGCGUUGUAAUUAUUAAAUAAACUUACAAUUAUUAAAACAGAGAGCUGGACGUAGAUAGCGAAGCGUUGUUGUGGGACCCGCGCGCGGCGCAGGCUGGGCGCCGGGCGCGUGCCCCCGUGUUGUCUACUACAAUAAAAUAUAUUUUUUG